GUUAUAAAAUCUAGUUAACUAACACGUUGUUUAAAGAUAAAGUUUGUUUUUAGUCCAUUUUAUGAGCUAACGAGUGCUAACCGCUCAUUUGUUUUCGUCGUCAUUGUUAGCUUGUGGGAUUAGCCUGCUAGCUUGAGCUGCAGCCUCCAGGUGCUUUCAGGUGUGAUUUGGUAAAAGUAGCAAAGUGUUAGCCUGGUAGCAGAGCCUGCUGAGGUUGCGUCAGAGUUAAACCCGUCAUCACUCAACCACACAGGAUGAAGGUUUUAGGUCGGAGGUUCACGGAGCCUUUAAAUACUGGAGAGCUGAACUGGAUCAUAGACAGACUUUGGGUUGGAAGUUAAACUGUUACGUUUAGACAAGCUAAGAAUUGAGUAGCAUCUGAAAUCCUACUUCAGUUUAACUUUAACUCUACGUACUAUUAAAGCCUCUUGAUGUUUCUCUUAGAAAUGCAGACUGCAGUGAAACAAAACUACCAUGCAGAGACUGAAGGCGACACCAACAAGCUCAUCAAUCUGAAGCUCAGCGCUUCCUACACCUACCUUGCCCUGGGGAUGUAUUUUGACAGGGAUGAUGUCGCAUUGCCACACUUCUCCUGUUUUUUCCUGGAGCGCUCCAUGAAGGAGCGGGAACAGGCUGAGAAGCUGCUGGAAUACCAGAACACCAGAGGAGGCCGGAUUCUGCUUCAGACCAUCCCUAAACCGAGCAGGGAGGACUGGAGAGACGGUCUGGAUGCGUUGACCUUCUCCCUGGAAUACCAGAAGUCCCUGAACACUUUCAUCAUGGAUGUUCACCGCAGAGCCGACGGCAACAAAGACCCACAUCUGUGCGACUUCCUGGAGCGGGAGUUCCUCGUCGACAGCCAUGACACCAUCAAGAAGCUGGGCGACUACAUCGGCAGUCUGACCCGCCUCACCACCUCCGACCCGCACGGCUCCAUGGCAGAUUACCUGUUCGACAAACACACCCUCUAAAAAACAACAACAAAAAAAAAACAUUAGACAUCUCCAGCUGUCCACAUUUCCAAAGAGGUCAAAGCUGCAUUUGUUUCCGUUAAAAAAAAAACUAUUUGCACAUUUAACCCUGAACUCCUUUAUUUCUGUACAAUAGGUCAAAUGUUAACUGGAAUUACCUCAACUUUUCUAAAUGAACCAGGAGCCUCAAUGUUCUGAAGUUGUAGCAAAAGCCAUAAUUUUUGUAAUAAGCUGUUACUGUGAAAUGAAUCAUAUUUGGUCUGAAUCAUGUCAUGCAUUCCAUGGUCCCAUUUUCACUUUUUUACCAAAUUCAAACCAUUUCUGAAUCAAAUUGCUGAAAUAUUUAAAUAUCUUGAAAAUGAUCUGAAAUGUUUUAAUAAAUCUAAAUCUGCCAAACCUUUGAAA